UUCACUUCACAGCAUCGUCUAUCUUAAUAUCUUCAAAGACUACACACCAACUCAACAUGUCGUCAUCAUCAGUCAGCGAAACGUCAGAAGCAUUUCUCCACAACGUCAAAGUCGCCCCAGAAAUCUUCAAAAUCCGCCCAGACUACCGCGCGCUCUUGAUGGUCGUCGAGGGCAUCCCUCCAGGUCCCAGCGAUGCAACAAGCGAAAAACUUCUCCAACAAGCAGAACAAUCGGCAAAAGAAGCCCUGUCCAAACAAGCCGUCAUAGAAGUGCCGCACGUGGCGGCGUGGCGUGACACAUACAAAGCCUUCGGCGCCAAACCCAAGAAAGAGAAGAACAGCGUCGAGUCUUUGAUGAAGCGCGCUGAAGGCGGUCUCCCUCGCGUCAAUCGGUUGACGGAUAUAUAUAACGCCAUUUCGGUGAAGCAUCAGAUUCCGUUGGGAGGAGAGGACUUGGACAAGUACAGUGGGGAUGCGAGGUUGGUGCGUGCAACUGGGGACGAGAAUUUCGAGACGACGGCGUCAGCAGAGCCCGUGGUGGAGUAUCCGCCGCAGGGAGAGGCAGUGUGGUGCGAUGAGGCGGGCGUGACGUGCCGGAGAUGGAAUUGGAGACAGUGCUCCCGGACUGCGCUUUCAGAGGGAACGACGCGGACAUUCUUCAUCAUGGAUGCGCUGAAGCCUUGUAGUGAUGAAGCGCUGGAGGCGGCUGCUGAUGAGUUGGUCGAGGUGUUGACUUCUUUGUCUCCGGAUGUCAGGGCUUCGAGACGGGUUAUUCGCGCGAUAUAG